AUGGUCAAACUCUCCAAAGACCGCUUCUCCCCGAAGCGCCUUUCGCCCAAGCACAUCAAGGCCAAGAUUGAGCCUCAGCUGCAUUGGAAAGUCCCGAUGGAGGAGGGAGUGUACCAAGACAGUCGCUGGUCCAACCCAGAUCUCGACCCUGUCAAACCUGAGGAUCGUACUUGGGGUGCUGUGGACUAUUGGGCAUAUUGGACCAGUGACAUGCUUGCGCCCCCGCUGGCAUCCACAGUGUCAUCUGUCAUGAGCUUGGGUUUUACUGCUCGAGAGACGAUUCCCAUUGUCUUUUGUGGCUUCGCGUUAUGCUCAGGAGCAUUGACCCUGACGGGGAAGAUGGGUGCGCGAUAUAGCAUUCCCUUUCCAGUGCUGGUCCGCUCCAUUUUCGGAAUGUAUGGAAGUUAUCCAGUCAUUGUUCUCCGGUCCUUCGUGGCCGCCAUGUGGACUGCCAUUCUGUGUGUCCAGGCAGGUGACUUUCUCAACAACUGUCUCACAGCGAUCUGGCCGAGCUUCGCCAACUUUCCAAAUCAUCUGCCUGAGAGUGCUGGGAUCACUUCGGCUGGACUCCUGUGCUUUUUCAUUUACUGGAUCUUCCAGACGAUCUUAGCAUGUAUGCCCAUCAAGAAGCUCCGGAUCCUUUUCCUCAUCAAGGGUGUUGUCGUUCCGCCGACCUUCCUUGUCCUGUUCUUGUGGGCGGCGAUCGUCACAAAGGGAGGCGGGCCCCUUGUGACUGGGCACGCCAAAAUCACUUCGACAUACAUGAACACGGCAUAUUCCUCACUGACCGGCUUGAAUGCAAUCAUCGGCCUCUUCAGCUCCAUGGCCGUCAACUUCCCGGACUUUAGUCGUUUCUCCAAGAACAACCUCAAAGGGUACAACCAAUUCUUUGCACUGCCAGUCAUCGGCACGUUGGGAGCCUUGACCCCCAUCUUCGUCACCUCAGCCCACAGCUACCUGUGGGGCGAGUUCGAGUGGUAUAUGCCUGCUGUCAUUGCCAAAUUCGACUCGCGUGCCGCCAAGUUCUUCACCGCGUUCAGCUUCAUGUUGGCCACAAUCGGUAACCAGAUUGCUGCUGGGACAUAUCCGUUCUCCAAUGAUAUUUCUGGUCUUUGCCCCAAGUACAUUAACAUCUUCCGUGCCACUUUGAUCAUCUCCGUUUUCUGUGUAGUGUCGAAUCCAUGGCAGAUCAUCAAAAACGCGGCCGGCUUGCUGGCUUUCUUGUCCGGUUACAGCAUGUUCAUGGGAGCCAUUUGCGGGACGAUGUGUAGUCACUACUACCUCAUCGUCAACAAGAAGCUCAAUAUUCACGAGAUGUACAACGGCCAUGGCAUCUACCGAUACUCCAAGGUCGGCAUCAAUUGGAGAGCCUAUGCGUCCUUCUUCACAGCCGUUGCACCGCUCCUGCCAGGUUUUUGUAAGAGUAUCGACGCAAACCUCGACGUUGGAGGUGCUUGGAAGAUCUAUACCUUCUCCUGCAUCUAUGGAUUCACCGUUUCCGGCCUCGUUUACUACCUCAUCUGCACUUACGUCUCGAGCGUGGGUGUUGCGAAGAUUGAUGAGGCGGUCUAUCCACCAUCGAAGUCACAAGCAACGGAUGUGGAAGUGGGAGUCGCUCCAUCGGAGGAAGAUUCAAUCGAGGAGAAGGCUGGUGUUGCCGUGUCGAUCGGGGCAAAGGAAUUUGGGCCUCAGUGA